AGCAAUCGUUCCACAAUCACCACCUUGAAUAUUUUAUUACAUUCAAACCCACCAUCUUGGCUUCUCUUCUCAUACACUGAAUAUGGUCCCAAACAUGAAUACCCUCUAUCUCAUCACCCUUUGUUUUGUGAUCACUUUGCUCUUUACCCUAUCAUCAGCAAUGAACUCAUAUCACUCAAAAAAGAUUCCAGCUAUGUAUGUUUUUGGUGAUUCACUUGUUGACUGUGGAAACAACAACCAUCUUCCAAGCGGAGGACCAAAUUAUCUUCCUUUCGGAAUAGACUUCAUUGGUCGCAAACCCACCGGUCGAGCUACUAAUGGAAAAACUCUGGUUGAUUUCGUUGCCAUGCAUCUAGGACUACCCUUUGCCCCUCCCUUCUUGGGUCUUUCAAAUCAUAGAAGGAACAAAAUCAGCACAGGAAUUAAUUAUGCAUCUGGUGGGUCCGGAAUUCUCCCAGAAACCAACAACGAUACGCGUUUGACACUUGACAAACAGAUAAAGUUCUUCCAUAGGACUGUUAAGCAUAAUUUGCCAAAGCUGUUCAAUGAGAAAGAGAAGUUGGAGAAGCACAUGUCUGAAUCCUUGUUUUUUGUCUCUACGGGGGUGAAUGAUCACUUCUCAAAUGGAACCUUCCGUGGCAACAGAAAAUUUGCUUUGUUCCUGCUAAAUCAAUUCUCCCUACGUAUCCAGAGAUUGCAUCGUCUGGGAGCAAGAAAAUUUUUUGUGAACAACGUUCCUCCAGCAGGGUGCUUUCCAUCAAAAGCUGUGCAUGAAACACCAAGAGGAAAAUGUAAUGAGAAAAUAAACAAGGGAAUCUCCUUUUACAAUAGGAGGUUGCCUCAAUUACUUCAUGACCUCCAAUCCAAGCUUCCUGGCUUCACCUUUGUACUUGCUGAUCUCUUCGGGUUCCUUUUGGAGAUGAGGGAAACUGGAAUAAAUCAUGGGAUUCUGGAAACAUGGAAACCUUGCUGUCCCAAUACCAUUUAUGGUGAUCUCCAAUGCCGUCCCAAUGAUGUUCCUUGUCCAAACAGGAACACUCAUCUUUUCUUUGAUAAUCACCCUACCCAAAUUGUUAACCAAAUAUUUGCAAGCCUUUACUUCAAUUAGGGACUAUUUGCAAGCAGUCGGACAUCAAAUUGUUCGACCAUGCCCAGUUCUCUUUAGUGUGAGCACUUUUUUUUAUUUAAAAAUAAAUAAAUUAUUAUCAAAAUCGAAGCUAAAGUAAUUGCUUAUAGUAAAUGUAAGGAGAUAGUACAGAUGAAACACCAUCUUGAGGUAUAUAUAUUCGGUCUUCCAAUCUUUAUAUCUAAAAUAAUAAAAUGGAUCAUCUUUUGGAUAUCUUAAUUAUAUGUAAUACAUAAUUAAUUAUACAUGUACAUCCAUAUAUUAAAUAACUAUUUAAUAAAUUAUCAUUUAAG